GCGCAUGGUCGCUUGGAGGGAUUGCGUUAAACUUUCGUCAUGGUAUGUCUCCCUCUGAUCGAUCGUAGUAGGUGAAAAUACUUAUUCCGGUAGGUUCGUGAAGAUAUUAGCGCGAAACAAUAUUAUGUUCCGCUUUACAUCAAGGAUGUAAGUAGGUCUCGCAAAAAAUACAUCCGACGAAGCAUUAAGGUGCAUGUAGUCCUUUUUUCGAACGGCAAUAAAACUAUUCUUUGUCGCGUAUAGAAUUAUUUUACAUUGGCCGAGCAGUCGCCAUCUUGUCUUUGACAGACAGAGAGAGAGAGAGAGAGAGAGAGAGAGAGAGAGAAAGAAAGAAAGAAAAAGAAAGAGAGAAACGGGCCGUGGCUGUGGUAUAGAUCGCAUUGUGACAGCUUGGGAAAAGAAGCGUUCGAUAGACGGUCGGUCUUGAUGCGGUGCGCGCGUUCAUCGCGUCGCUUGUGCUCUCUACGAACGUAGAGAGAACGUAUCGUUUAUAGAAGAGAGUAACGAGCUCAAAGAUUGAAAAACGAAAGGAAGACUUUCUGGAAAGUGUGACAUCGAAGAAAGUGGCAUAGAACGUACUGAAGGUAAUGGCAAUGGAGACGCCGAGAGAACGAGAGAUAGCCGCGGAGGAUAGUAUUAAGGUAGUCUGCAGGUUUCGACCGUUGAAUGACUCUGAGGAGAAGGCUGGCUCAAAGUUUAUUGUCAAGUUCCCAUCAGGUGGAGAAGAGAAUUGCAUCUCGAUUGGGGGAAAAGUAUAUCUUUUUGACAAAGUAUUUAAACCAAAUGCUACUCAAGACAAAGUAUAUAAUGAAGCAGCUAAAUCUAUUGUCACGGAUGUAUUGGCAGGAUAUAACGGUACUAUUUUUGCUUAUGGACAAACAUCAUCAGGAAAAACCCAUACAAUGGAAGGUGUUAUUGGAGAUCCUAAUAAACAGGGUAUCAUUCCAAGGAUUGUUAAUGAUAUUUUCAAUCAUAUUUAUAUUAUGGAGGAGAAUUUAGAGUUCCAUAUUAAAGUAUCUUAUUUUGAAAUUUACAUGGACAAGAUUAGAGAUCUUCUUGAUGUUUCUAAGGUAAACUUAAGUGUGCACGAAGAUAAAAAUCGAGUUCCGUUUGUAAAAGGAGCAACUGAACGAUUUGUGUCUAGUCCAGAAGAAGUUUUUGAAGUAAUUGAAGAAGGAAAGUCUAAUCGACAUAUCGCCGUAACCAAUAUGAAUGAACACAGUUCUCGUUCUCAUUCAGUUUUCUUAAUUAAUGUCAAACAAGAAAAUCUUGAGAAUCAAAAAAAACUUUCAGGAAAGUUAUAUCUCGUUGAUUUGGCUGGUUCAGAAAAGGUGUCUAAAACUGGAGCUGAAGGUACUGUUCUUGAUGAGGCAAAAAAUAUUAACAAGUCCCUAUCUGCUCUUGGUAACGUUAUAUCUGCGCUUGCCGAUGGCAACAAAACGCACAUUCCUUACCGUGAUUCUAAACUGACAAGAAUUUUGCAAGAAUCACUUGGUGGCAAUGCUCGAACUACAAUUAUCAUUUGUUGUUCACCUGCUAGUUUUAACGAGUCAGAGACCAAGUCAACUCUAGAUUUCGGUAAACGUGCGAAGACUAUAAAGAAUGUUGUGUGUGUCAAUGAAGAAUUAACUGCGGAAGAGUGGAAACGCCGUUAUGAACGUGAGAAGGAAAAGGCUGCUAGACUUAAAGGUAAAGUUGAAAAAUUAGAAGCAGAAUUGUCUCGUUGGCGUCAAGGUGAGACAGUAAAGCCUGAAGAACAAGUCAGUUUAGUGGAAGGACCUGAUGUUAUUACACCAAUUACUGCAUCUGUCGAAGGCAAACUUGACGACGGUCCUCUGCCAGCUACACCUGGUGGUGGACUUAUGGCUGGAUCUCUUUCGAAUGAAGAAAGGCAAAAACUAGAGGAAGAACGUGAAAGACUGUAUCAACAGUUGGAUGACAAGGAUGAAGAGAUUAAUCAACAAUCUCAAUAUGUUGAAAAAUUAAAGGAACAAAUGGAAGAGCAAGAGGAAUUGAUUGCAAGCGCUAGACGAGACUAUGAACAAUUACAACAAGAAAUGAAUAGAAUACAACAAGAAAAUGAAAGUGCUAAAGAGGAAGUCAAAGAAGUUUUACAAGCUCUGGAAGAAUUGGCAGUGAAUUAUGAUCAAAAAUCGCAAGAGGUGGAAUUGAAAAAUAAACAGCAUGAAAGAUUGACAGAAGAAUUUCUUGCUAAACAAGCGACAUUAAAUAAUAUUGAAUCUGAGUUACAGCAAUUACGUGAUAUGUCCGCUCAUCAGAGAAAACGUAUUGCUGACAUGUUUGCCAAUUUUUUAAAAGAUUUAGGAGAAAUUGGAGUGGCUAUAGGUGGUGAUGAAAAUCUGAAAGUUGCACCAGAAAGUAAUGGUAAAUUGGAAGAAGAAUUUACAGUUGCAAGACUCUUUAUUAGUAAAAUGAAAUCAGAGGUAAAAAAUUUAGUUCAGCGUUGUCAAGGAUUAGAGAGUUCUCAAGUGGAUUGCAACAAAAAAGUUUCUGAAUAUGAAAAAGAUUUGGCAGAAUGUCGACUUCUAAUCAGUCAACAUGAAGCUCGUACGCAAACAUUAUCAGAAUCUAUGAAAGAAUCAGAAGCACGAAAACGUGCCCUGGAAGAAGAUGUGGAUGCGCUACGGGAAGAAUGUGCAAAACUUAAAGCAGCAGAACAGGUGCAAGCAGUCACUAAUAAAGAGAAAGCAGAAGAAAAAGAAGCAGCUACAAAGAUGAAAGUAGCUUUAGAAGAGCAAAUGGAUCAACUACGUGAUGUACAUCAAAAGCAGGUUGCUGCGCUUAGGGAUGAAUUAUCUGAAAAACAAGAUUUGAUCAGUGAAUUAAGAGAUUUGAAUCAAAAAUUCACUUUAGCGCAUCAACGAAUGCAAGCAGAUUAUGAACGAUUGAAGCAGGAAGAAGUAAAUAAAUCGGUUAAACUCCAAGAAAUGAUACUGCUUCAUGAACGUCGAGAACAAGCUAGAAAAGAGCUUAAAGGACUAGAGGAUACUGUUUGCAAAGAAUUGCAAACACUUCACAAUUUACGUAAAUUAUUCGUUCAAGACUUGCAGACUAGGAUAAAAAAAUCAAUUCACGUCGAGGAUAAUGAGGACGAUGGUGGUUCACUUGCUCAGAAGCAGAAGAUUUCCUUUUUAGAAAAUAAUCUAGAUCAGCUUACGAAGGUUCACAAACAAUUAGUUAGAGAUAAUGCGGAUCUUCGAUGUGAAUUACCUAAACUUGAAAAGAAAUUAAGGACAACUGUUGAACGUGUAAAAGCUUUGGAAACAGCUUUGCGAGAUGCCAAAGAAGGUGCAAUGCGAGAUCGUAAGCGUUACCAAUAUGAAGUAGAUAGGAUUAAAGAAGCUGUCAGACAGAAAAAUUUGGCUCGCCGUGGACCUAGUGCACAGAUUGCAAAGCCUAUUCGAGCUGGUCAACAUCAUUUAAGCAACGUUAAUGCUAUUAGAACCGGCAAUCGUGAUGCGCUUAAUUAAGAUACUACAAUGUGAUUGGGAAAUGUGGGUUUGUUCGAUUUUGUACAAAUGGAGUCACUUCAGGCUGCUCUACAUUUUGGAGUAAGUGAGAAGAUUUGAUAUGCUAACAAUUUUGUAACUCUAUUUUCACUAUUUUAAAAUGAUACUUGUGUUACGAAUUGACAGAGGUAUUAAAGCUUAUACUUUCGUCAGAAUACUUUUGUUGAGAUUACAAACGAACAAACCUA